UUCAUUCCUUCUUGUACAUCGAGGGCGGCCAGUGCGGCAACCAAAUCGGCUCCAAAUUCUGGGAGGUCAUCUGCAGCGAGCACUGCAUCGACUCGACCGGAAGGUACAACGGCGAUGAGGCCUCCGAUCUCCAGCUCGAGAGGAUCAAUGUCUACUGCAACGAGGCGUUUGGCGGCCGCUACGUCCCUCGCGCCGUGCUCAUGGAUAUGGAGCAUAGUACCAUGGACAUCAUCAGAUUUGGUUCUUACGGCUAGAUCUUCUGCCCCGACAACUUCGUCUUCGAGCAGUCCGGCACCGGGAACAAUUGGGCAAAAGGUCAUUACACGGAGGGAGCCGAGCUCAUCGAUUUCGUCCUCGAUGUCGUUCGCAAGGAGGCCGAGAAUUGUUAUUGCGUGCAAGGUAUAUGACGAAAUGGCCUCUGUUCUUUAUCAUUUCUUGGAUCUGUUUGGUGUUUGA